AUGGACGUGCUGGAGAUGGCUUUCCCUGGACCGGGAGUAGAUCAGGAUGUCUUUCAGGCUCUUCACUUCUGGAAAUGGGCUGAAACUGUGACCCCUACAGAUGGGCCUCAUUCUGGGACUGAUUGUGAUAAACCUGGAGGAUUUCACAGCCAGUUCAAGCAAAUCCUAACAGUCCUCAACCAGCAUUCCAAACAUCAUAUGCUGAGGAUAGGCUGCCGGCUAUAUGGAUCAAAUACUUAUGAUUACAUGGAGCGAUACAUACAGUGCACUAAAGAGCUAUACAAUUCGGAAUUGGAAAGAGUUGAUUUUAUGAAUGCAACUGAGGAAGCUAGAGAAAAAAUUAAUUCCUGGGUUGAAAGGCAAACAAAUGGUGAUAUCAAGAAUUUAUUUCGUCCUAACUCCAUUGACCCAUCAACUGCCAUGAUCUUAUUAAAUGCAGCCUCUUUCAAAGGAGAGUGGAAAUCACCGUUUAAUCCAAGAGAUACACACAGAGGAGUCUUUUGGACUUGCAAGGAUCAGAGCAUCUAUGUGGAAAUGAUGACUCAAAGGGGCAGAUUUAACGUAGCUAAUAUAUCGAAUCCACCAAUGCAAGUGCUGGAGCUUCCUUAUGCUAAUAGCGUGUUGUCUAUGUACAUUUUUCUGCCAGCAAAGCACCUAUUUAUAGAUGAGGUUAUAAUGAAUCUCUCUUCCCAAAACUUUCAAGAAUGGACCCGUCCAGAAAAUAUGAGAAUCGUAUCAACUAAAAUUUACCUGCCCAAGUUCGAAGUGCAAAAUGACCAUUCACUGAAAUCUGUAUUUUCAAAAAUGGGGGUGAGGGAUCUGUUUAUUCCAGGCAAAGCCGAUUUAUCUGGCAUGACUGGGAAUACUCAGUCGCUUGUGUCUCGUAUUAAUCAAUCAGUUAUCUUUACUGUCAAUGAAGAGGGUGCAGAGGCAGCUGGAGCCUCUCCUACAGCGGUAGUAGAUGGGACUCACCCUGAGAUUAAAGUGAAUAGGGAUUUCUUUUUUGUGGUGAAACAUAAAGAAACUGGCAUCAUGCUUUUUUUGGGCAUGAUUUCUGAGCCUAAGUGGCCGGGGCUGCCAUAA